AUGGGUUUUGAAAACCUGAAGAGCCCUGCCCACCUCUGGGUGCUGAAUGACUCCUUGGAAGACACGAGCUACAUCUGGGGGUCUAUGUCAUCACAAGCAAACAUGGCAGAAUUUGAAGCUGUCUUGGGCCCACCACCUCCUGACUUGUGUCAUGCCAUAUGUUGGUAUAAUCACAUCCAAUCUUACAAAAAGACCAGUCUUCCAGGGGUGAAGAAAGCUUUGGGCAAGUAUGGCCCUGCUAAAGUGCAAGGCACCACAGAAAGUGGAGCUACAGAUAAUGAAGAUGUUGAGGACAUUGAUCCCUUUGGAUCUGAUGAGGAGGAAGAAAGUGAAGAAGCCAAGAGGCUAAGAGAAGAACCCCUUGCACAGUAUGAGUCAAAGAAAGCCAAACAACCAUCACUUGUUGCCAAGUCAUCUGUCUUACUAGACAUGAACCCUUGGGAUGAUGAGACAAGUAUGGCAAAACUGGAGAAGUGCGCCAGAAGCAUUCAAGCAGAAGGCUUAGUCUGGGCCUCUUCUAAACUAGUUCCAGUGGGGUAUGAAAUUAAAAAACUUCAAAUACAGUGUGUAGUUGAAGAUGAUGAAGUUGGAACAUAUAUACUGGAGGAGAAGAUCACUGCUUUUGAUGAAAAUGUGCAGUCUAUGGUCAUGGCUGCGUUCAACAAGAUCCAAAAUCCAUUGUGGAUCAGUGCCCUUAAAUAA